AUGGUGCAGCAAUUACCUUCGUGUCGCUGCCACAAAACACCCAACCAGAAGGAGUGCAUGAAUGAAAAGGACCUGAGGGUGGAGCCAGGAGCUCACCCUCCCUCUCGUAACCUCAAGAGGGACAGAGACUGGUCAUCAUCGGGUUCUGAGGACGAUGACCUGGUGGAGAUGCUGAUCUCCGAGCGGAAGCCUGUCUGGGCAGUGGAGAGACUGCACGGGCUCAAGAUGAAGUUGAAAAAGAGGCGCGUGUCGUCGGUGCUUCCCGAGCACCAUAAGGCCUUCACAAACCUUCUGGAGAACCCUGUGGUGAAAAGAUUCCUGGCCUGGGACAGAGACCUGUUGGUGUCUGACAAGUACCUGCUGGCUAUGGUCAUAGCCUACUUCAGCCGGUCCGGCCUCUCCGCCUUGCAGUACAGGCCCAUCCACUUCUUCCUGGCUCUAUACCUGGCCAGUGACAUGGAGGAGGACAUGGAGGACGCUAAACAGGACAUUUUUAAGUUCCUCUACGGGGAGACCAAUGCCCCGCACCGCACGUUCCACAAACUGCGGUUCCAGUUAUUCCGCUCCAUGGGCUACAGGGCUUGGGUGUCCCGGGAGGAGUGUGAAGAGAUCCAGGCUUAUAACCCCGACCUCUGGGUUUGGAAGCGAGACCGUAGCACCCUGUCUCAAAACCCCAGCGCCAAGGAGGCCUGUGGUAACUGGCGUGAGAGAGAUCACUGCCUGUGGAGGAAACACAUGGGCCAAAGGAAGUCUAAGCUGACGCUGAGGAUUCUCAAGAAAGGAGAGAGGAGCGGCUUGUACAGGAAACCUAGAAGAACCAAGACUCUCCUGGAAGCAGAGUCUGUGGAGGGCGACGAGAACCAGGGCUUCCACUUCAACCCCAGCGACCCAUCCUUUCCUGAGGCUCCACCAGCACAGCAGACCACUUCCCCUCCACCCACUCUCUCCUGA